CUUCAGGGAGCUAAGGAUGGGUAAUGAAGUUCUCAUCAUUCAACAUCAUAUUAAUGCAAGAGGCAAUUUUCUGCAACUCUUAGAUUUUUGGAAUGGAAUGAGGAAAGGUUUGUUGGUGAUCCUGGAAGAUGCAAAUGGCAUUGGAUGGAAAGGUUUUUUGCAUUCCAUUCGAAGCGUCACUGGGUCCAAAGCCGCUGUUUUGAAGCAAGCAAACAGAGGGGAGUUUGUUGAUGGAAAAAUAGUGGGAAGGCCUCCCUUGGUCAAAGGUGCCUCAUACGCCUUGGUGUUGAGGUCACCGGAGGGUAGUCCUGAAGAGAAUAGCUCCGCGGCGGAAGGAAAGGGUAAGGCACUUGUAGGAGACAAAGGCUGUCAGGUGACAUUGGGAGAAGUGGAGGGGGUCUUGUGGGCUGUCAGAGCUCAAUUGACUGGAGUUAUGGAGUAUCUGAGAGAUCUUAUGAUUAAAGUGGAUAAGGGGUUGGACCUGGUCAUGGGUUUGGGUGGUGGAUCGAAAAUGGACGCACCCGGGGAGGGGGGGGGGAGGGGUAGAUCCCACGAGUUUGAAGGUCUCAAGUGCGCCAGCACAUGGCAUCUCGACGUGUCACAAAUAGGGUCCUUGGACAUCGGCAUCAUUGUUCACACCGAUAUCACUCAGGACAUUGGCAGAUUGCCCUCAGUCACCAGUUGCAAAUGGGGUUGGUACAUUUUUUCAGGGUUCACUUUCAAUUGUAGAUGGGGGUCCUUCCAGUGUUUUGAGUAAUUUGGAAGAAGUAGAUGAGCCUCUUUCAGAAGAUGAAAAUGGGGUAAUAGAAGGUAGUGCUUCCCCUACUUGUUCUAUGCCUCUUGAGGGAGCAGUAAGGUCUGACAAA